CAAAGAAGACCGUGUUUUUCAAUACAGUAACUCGUGGUUGCGGCCUUUUGUAAAUUGUAACAGUUCAUUUUUCGUGAUUAUGAAAUUGUAGUGCUAGCCAUUUAGGAUAUAUACUUUUUAGUUCAUGUGUGAGAUUGACUUGAACAAGUUCGUUAGAUACGCUCGCUUUACUCUCGUUGCUAAGUUAACUUAUGUCUAAUUGCUCUUCGGCGUUUAUCGUUUAUCCCUUUCACGCAGGCAAGCAUGACAUGCUGGUCAAAUCAUGUAACAAGCUAGCUAGCUAGCUAACGUUUUCUACUGGAAUUUGUUUAAGUUCAUUCAUUUGGCGGGUCAAAUAUAACGUAUGCUGCCGAUAUAGAUAGAUAGAUAGAUACUUUAUUCAUCCCGAGGGAAAUUUUAGGAUAUGUCGCAGCCUGCCCUUUAUGAACGACUGGUGUUCAAAAAUGCAUCAGUUUACCACUAUCUGAAGAUAUGCUUAAUAUUGGACAAUGAUGACAGGAAGAUCAACGCAGUUUAUUUCAAGCAAAUGAUCAUCUCUGCACUUAGGGAUUUAUAUGGAGAGAUUGGAGCUGCAUUUCCGUUCGACGUUUUAAAAUUCGAAGAAGAUACACUAACGGCGGUGCUUCGGGUGUACAACAGUGGCUUGGUGAAGCUGUGGACCGCCCUGACGCUGCUGGGAUCCUACCAGAGUGAACCAUGUGCUGUCCACGUCACACAGGUUUCACCCUUUCUUUUGGCUUUAUCUGGAAACAGCAGAGAACUGGAGCUGGACUGACCCUUUUUGUCCCUGCGGGGGAGAGGCACAUGGCCCGUUGCUGUAAAAGGAAGUGACCUGCCGUUUUGACAGGUCAACUGCACAAGCUGUUUGGCUGAAAAGUAUAUCCAGUCACCCUUUCUUUUACAGUAAUGGGUUCUGUGUGCCCUUCGAUGCUGACGAAGGCGUUUGGAGGGACACUGCCACCUAUUUUGAGCCGGGGGAAAACAUGACCCCCCCCCCCCCCUCCACAUCCAGCCUGGCUACUCCAAACAGGGCCUCUCGAAAAGCCCCAUUGUUCAGAACCUGCUGACUGACGGGCUUAUCUGCACUGUCCUGGGCACCCGAAGGCCUGCCAGAGGGCGAAUACCCCUCUCAGGAAAUGUUUUCCUGCACUUUAGUACGCAGGGAAGAUGCCGUUGGCAGAAGAGAGAAGUGAAAAUGGUGUAGUUUUGCUUUGCCUUCCAUUUUCCAUUUUCCAUUCCGUUUCCUGCUACUGACAAAGCUUUACUGGAGGAGGACUCUCCCCGAGGUCAUGGGAGCAGAGGUCAGGCAUCCAGUGCAGUGUAGGGAGUUGGUAACGGCCUUCUAUGAUUUCCAUAACGAGUAACAUUUUUUGCACUUUUUUACCUAGGGCUUCAAUGUAGUGAUUAAUUUUUGCUUGGAUUUUCCUGAAAAUAAUGAGCUAUUCUGUUCCUAGAUUCCUCAAAAAUAAACCAUUUGUUUACAAGUUC